AUGCAAUUUAUACAAGACUGUGGUCUGUUUGAGGCCACAUCGUUGCUAGUUGUCGCCGAUCCUUGUGAUGAUGUGGGCUCGGCUGGAAGUGCUCUGAAUGCUCUGUUGAAUGCUGUGGAACAGCUCUGCGCUCAGCGUGGGCUCUCUGUAUUGAAUGAGCAGCUACUAGAGAAGUCGAAGAUUCUCAUCCUCCUAAUUGGAGCAUCGAAAAAGGCUAUGCCGCUAGGUGCUGGUUUCCUGUCUUCUUUAAAGGUUACCGAAUUUCCUUGGAUCAUGCCUGACUGUCCAGUAGCUCACGCGAUUCAUAAUGUGAACGAACUGGCGAAGAAUUGCGAACAAGGAGUAUGGAUUUGCGGUAAGGAUAAUUUAGGCGGUCUAAAUAGCAAAAUUUUUGUAGGACAAGGGCUGCAGCGGACUCUGAUACCCUUUAUCCUGUGUGAAGCUACCAUAUUUUUCGCCGUCGUCAGUAACCCCGUACGUCAUGCCCAUUGA